CUCUGAACCGCCGACCGACUGGCUGCCAGGAUGAGCUCCAUCCUUCCCCUCGGCUACCGCUUCUACCCCACCGAGGAAGAGCUGAUCGGCUUCUUCCUCCAAAACAAGCUCGAGAAUCGCCGGCGAGACAUGGAGCUGGUCGUCCCCGUCGUCGACGUCUACUGCUUCGAUCCUUGGCAGCUCCCUGCGAUGGCGGGAGAGGCGUGCAGAGGGGACGGGGUGCAGUGGAUCUUCUUCUGCCCGCGCCAUCAGCGGGAGGCGCAGGGCGGGCGGCCCACUCGCACCACGCCGUCGGGGUACUGGAAGGCCACCGGCUCGCCGAACCUCGUGUUCUCGUCGGCCAACCGGGCGCUGGGCGUGAAGAGGACCAUGGUGUUCUACCGGGGCAGGGCGCCCACCGGCGCCAAGACCGAGUGGAAGAUGAACGAGUACCGAGCCCUCGAGCAGCCUUCCGCCGACAACGCCGGCGCCGUUCCGCCGAGGCUUCGCAGCGAGUUCAGUGUGUGCCGGGUGUACACCCAAUCGGGCAGCAUAAGGGCGUUUGAUCGCCGUCCGGCGGCGGCGGCGCAGGGAGACGAGGAGGAGGUGGCGGCGGCGGUCACCGCCCCUACGGCGUCUACUGCACCCGUCUCUCACGACAGUUCUAUAUCAUCGGACGGCAUCGCCGGCGAAGGCUCGCAGCAAUGUUUAGGCGUGGGACAGCGUGGCGGCGCCGGCGAGAACGACGUCGACGCCAAUUAUUCUUUCAUGGCACGUUUCUGGAGUGGGUCCGAAUAAAUCUAACAAGAAUUCUAUUUGAUUGCUUUUCCUACUUACUUAUUGAGGAAUUGAUCAAUAAAAUCAAUAAAUCUUCGAAUUUGACAAAA